AUGAGGCUUUAUCAUUAUUGGUAUAUUGUUUGUCUUAUCAAUGCCUGGAUUAUUUCUGAGGCGGACUAUCCAGAAAGGAUCGAAGACGACAACCGCGAUGUUAGUACACCUGAGUGCGGAGAAGAAAGCAGCUUCGUGGUCAACAAGUGUGAAGAGCGUUGUGAAUGUAAGAACGGUAAACUGACCAACUGUCACCGUGUGCGAAAGGAGUUCACCAAAAUGACCAUCGAGCAUAGAAAACGUUAUAUUAACACUUAUAAGUUGGCAUCGGUCCAUCCUCUGUUUAAAAAAGGUUACGAAAAAACUGUCGCACUCCAUUUGAACGAAAGCGAUGAAGCCAGACUUCCUGAAGUCUUUCUUCCCUGGCACCGGUGGUAUUUGACUGAGUUUGAAAACCUCCUGCGCAGAAUCGACUGUCGUGUGACCAUACCCUUUUGGGACUGGAGCAAAAACAUUCAUCAUUGGUGGAGAGGAACUAAAAAAGAAGACCUUUGGAAUCCUGAGGAUCACGGUUUGGGAGGAGAUGGAAGUAAGCUUGAUAACCACUGCGUGGAGAACGGACCUUUCAGCAGAGAUAAGUGGAGUCUCUUGGAUGUGUCCGGAGGAGGGUGUUUAACAAGGAAUUUCUUGAAGCGCAGUCUUGUUCACGAUACUGAGAACGUUAACAAAACUUUAUCGCUGCCCCUGGAAAAGUUUAAUGAAUUUGAAGAAACUCUUCGUUCAGAUUAUCACAUAGAGCCUCACUUCGUUGUCGGUGGUACAAUGAAUAAUCCUCUGAUUUCAGCAAAUUCCCCAGAACUGCUUCUUCACCAUGCAUUCUUGGACAAAUUGUGGUAUGAAUGGCAAACUAAAGGAAACGAAUACAAAAAUGUCUACUUUCCAAACGUGCCCCUCAAAUUUCAUGGUUCAAAGUAUUAUUGCUGGGAAUGGAUCGAUUCUAGUAACCUUCCCGGUGAAGUAAAAGUAGUUUACGAAGAAUGA